CAGUCAAUUAAUCAGUGUACACACACAUCAGAAACUUAACAAUAUUUAUUCAAUGAAUACUACUUCACUGUUCCGAAAAAUAGAGUUCAAUAAAUUAACUGAGAAAUAAAUUUAAGAGAUUUCAUAUAAACAAAUUCUGCCAAACUACCUCAGUGCAAGGCAAAAAAUAUAGGCAAUUGAAGAAGAUGGAAAAAAAAAAAAAAAAAAAAAAAAAAAAAGAAGAUUGCAUUAUAUUUUCUUUUCUACAGCUCAAUAACUGUUAAAAAUGUCAAGAAAUCAACUACGUUUUCGGUAUGUACAGCACUUACAGCUUCUUUAGGGAUUUGGUUGUGACCGAGAAGGGUUUGAAGUGGAUAAGAUGUCCCCUGACUGGCUAAUAGGUAGAUUUCGCUUCGGGUAUCUUGGAUGCAACCUAUCUUGGAUGCAACCUUGGAUGCACUAAAUUGGAAUGAAGGAGUUCUUAAAUUCUCUUUUGGUUCACAAUAUAUUCAUUCUUGUGCAGAUUUUUCUACAGCACUUGUGCUUACCUAUUCUGGCGAAGAAAUGUUGACCGUGUACUGUGUACCUUUUAUAGAUUCAUAUUAUUUAAUUUUUUUUUAAAGUAAGUAUAUAUACAUUUUUAAUUUUUUUUUUGUAUACACAACUAGUUACUCACUCUACUUGUAGUAGAGUGCAUAUAUAGGUAGUAGUGCAUAUAUACAGUGAAACUAUAUGUACAGUAGUAGUAGUAGUACAGUAGUAGUAGGAGUAGUAUAUACAGUGAAGUAGUAGGAGUGCAUAUAUACAGUAGGAGUACAGUAGGAGUGCAUAUAUACAGUGAAACUAUAUGCCAGAAGUUUGUAUAAUGAAGCACUUCGCUAGUUGAAAGAGAAGGAAUAACCAGUAAAAUUAAAUGUAUAUAAUAUACAUUAGUUUUAAUAAGAAUAAUAUUCUGUAAUUAUGAAUACUUGGUCAUGAAAUGCUUUUACUCAGUACAGUAAAAUUUGAUAUAACAGGUUUAAAUAAUUUAGAGAAGAAUCAAGAGGAAUGACAAUUCAUGUUUCAACGAUGAGUACGUAACAAAUAUUGCGAGGCUACGAUUCUAUUCGGAUUCAAAACUCGGAAUCUGAUUGGCCAGACAUAAUAAGUACAGAGUUGAUAAAAAUGUCUGUCCAGGACCGUCGCCAGUCAUUAUUUCGUAUACCCCACAAAUAAUAUCGUCAUGUCUGGUCGUGGAAAAGGUGGCAAAGUAAAGGGGAAGAGCAAGACUCGGUCCAGCCGUGCUGGUCUUCAGUUUCCUGUAGGUCGUAUCCAUCGUCUUCUGCGAAAGGGAAAUUAUGCAGAAAGAGUUGGUGCUGGAGCUCCAGUGUAUCUUGCUGCAGUUUUAGAAUAUUUGGCAGCUGAGGUUCUUGAGUUGGCCGGUAAUGCUGCUAGAGAUAACAAGAAGACCAGAAUAAUUCCAAGACAUCUGCAGCUGGCCAUCAGAAACGACGAGGAGUUGAAUAAAUUACUCUCUGGCGUCACAAUUGCACAAGGUGGAGUUCUACCCAAUAUCCAGGCUGUUCUACUUCCCAAAAAAAAAAAAAACCGAAAAGAAAGCAUAAUUCCUACUUCCCCUAACGCUACAAAAAAAAAAGGCCCUUUUAAGGGCCAGAAAAUGUACGAAGAAGAGAAUGCUUAA